GCUACCUAGAGGUCAUCAAAGUCAGAUCCUGAUUCUGACACAGGCAACCACAGUCUGCUACCCGGUGAUUGGGUCCUAGUCAAGAAAUUUGUGCGAAAACACACUCUGGAACCAAGAUUUGAGGGACCAUUCCAAGUUCUCCUGAUCACCGCUACCUCUGUCAAGCUGGCUGGUAGGCCACAUUGGAUUCACGCCUCUCACUGCAAAAAGACACCUGCUCCAGAAGAAGCUGAUUCCGCACAACCAUGUACUUCUGGUACCUAAUCCCCUUGAUUGGCCUUCUUAAAGCCCAGCAGGUGGCCAUAACUAAAGAUGCUAGUGGGUACACCUUCUGGUAUAAUUCAUCAUGUACCCGUGUGGCCACCUUUACCUUUGAUUACUGUGAUAUUGUAGAUUGCCCAUUCCCUAAAUCACAGAUUCAAGCCAUUUAUAAAGACAUACCGCAAGCAAAAGACCCCUACAUUUGUGUAGUUGAUAACCAAUGGGGGCAUAAUUGUGAUCAUUGGGGGGCGGCGGGAUGGAAUACCGGGCCUGCCUGGGGUUACAAACCAAAAAGUGCUUUAUCAAAAGUAGAUGAUCAUGGUAGAUCCCUCCUCCAAAGAAUGACUUUAAGAAAGCCUGGAGGAAGUACACCUAUGAAAUUAGUAUUAAAUAUUGAACAUCCUGGCCCAGAGGAUGCUGGCCAAUAUGUAAUGGGAAUGUACUGGAGAAGGGGUUCCUACAAUAAACUAGGACAUUUCUACCUCAAUGAUAUGUGUCACUCUCCAGAGUGGCAAGGGGCUGUACAUAUGGUCCCAAAUCCGCUGAAACCACACAUCCAGUCCUUUAGAGACAUGAUGGCCAUUGCUAACCCUACCUUUGAAGACACCAUGGCCGCUGAAACUGGAUUUAAUGAUAUUAAUUUGUGGUUAGAGUGGAUGAGAUAUAAUGCCAAUAAGCAUAAUCGAACCGCAUGUUAUGUAUGUGGUGGUGCCCGACCCCACCUUGGCACCGUUCCCCUAAUCCUCCCUUUAGAAAUAGAAGAGUGUUUCUUGAGUCUUUUCGCCUACCGCUAUGAUUUUAACAGAUCCCUCUGCGAAACAUGGACAGCAGAGUACCCUAUCCUAGUAGGAGGUGUUAAACCCCCAGAUGGAAUUACAAUCUAUAAAGGUAAUUACACUUGCUACACCAUGUAUGAUGGGAUUGGUAAAUUUAUGGGUAACUUUUCCAAAGGUUAUUGUGCCACUUACAGAACUGUUCCUGUGCACCUGUUACAACACCAUACUAGGUCACUAGGAGAUAUUUACUGGUUGUGUGGGGAUUUACAAUUAAGGUCUAGACUGGAGUCUAGUGGUGGGGAGAGUGUACCUUAGUCAAAGUCAUCAUGCCCAUCCACAUUAUUUCUGAUAAUCAUCCUGACACUCAUAGUCCGGCACACACAUCAGCCAGAGCCAAACGGGAAACCCCAGUAAAAGGCAGUUUU